CUACAGAAUAUGAACUAAACUUAUUAGAUACAAAACAUAUUGCAUUAAUGCCUUAUAAUCUCUAUAAUCCUGAUGAUAGAGAUCUCAGAUAUGCAGGUAAAGUUGAUUAUGAUAUAACAAAGUGUUAUUUUCUUUUACUUGAUGAUUGUGAACUUGAUGAUUGUGAAUGUUUUGAUGAUCAAACGGAGGAAAUAUCUGGAUUAGAAUUAAAACAGCCAUAUAUAAUUAAUUAUAGAAUGGCUUUUUAUAUUAACAAAAAUCAAUUGAAAAUCCAAAACUUUUUUGAAUCUUGGAGGAAAAAGCUUAAUAAUAUAAACUCUAUCUUGGUUGGAAAAGAAGUAUUAGAAGAAAUUGAGAAAAAUAACGAAUUUACUGAAUCUAUUGAAUCUAAUUAUGAUAAAUGGAAUAUCAACAAAUGGAAUAUCGAAAAUAAUCCAGAUAAAAUUUUAUUAUCUUAUAAUAGUAUUGACAAUAUUAAGAUCGACAUACUAUAUGCUAAAAUUAAAGCAAUUAAACUGUUAAAGAAUAAAGAUUUAUUAAUGAAAAUAGUUACUGAUAAUUUUCGUACAUUAAGUCAAUAUCCUGAGAUUAUUAAUUGGUUUUUAUCUAGAAUAGCUUUUUUUGUACCUGAUGAUACAUUAUAUGAAAUAGUUAAUCCAAAUUCUACUUCCAGACUUACCAAUUACCCUAAAGAAUCUACCCUCACACAGCCAAUUUAUGAUUUAUUAGAUCAACUUAAUAAUAUUAAAAAAAUUCCAUUAUAUAUCAUAUUUUUAAUGGCUCGAUUUUUUUAUCCAUUUGAUAUUAAUCCUUUUGGCUUUUCACCAAAGACUAAUCUAUAUGAAUUAUGGAUAGCACAUCUGGAUGAACUUCGUAAAGUAGUAAAACAAAUUCAAAAUAACACUUGGCCAGGUUUUUAUAAACCAUAUAUCUCCCCCGUUCUUUUGGAAGCAAUUCAAAUGAAAUCAGAACUCGAUCACGUUGAAGACAAGGCCACACAAACUAAUCCAGACAAGGCAACACAAACCGACUAG